AUGAGACUGAUUAGUAGGAAGGUAGCUGUAGCUGCUGUGUUAGUUUAUGUUUUCUUCUCACUGUAUGCUGCUUACAGCGUGUUUUUUAAUAAGAAAAGUGUUUCUCGGGUGCACAGAGUGGGGAAGAAAGGCUCUUUAGCUGCAGACCAAGCCAACGCAGGUGAGGAGGAAUGGAACCCAUGGGAGGAGGAUGAGCAUGCAGACUUCGCUCAGCUUCAGAAACGGAGGGAGACUUACAGGUCGUAUCAAGAGCGCGUUGCUAAAAACAGGCCUAAAAGGUACAAAGUUCAGAUCUGGGGGAAAGCAGCUAUAGGGCUUUACUUGUGGGAACACAUUUUAGAGGGACCUUUAAACCCUACCGACAAAACAGGUCAAUGGAAAGAAGGAGAGAUUCAGUCAGGAAGGAUCAAUUUCAGUUUCUAUACAGGUCCAGCGGUGGUGCAGGGUCACAUUCCUCUGGACACAGACAGUGUAGUGCUGGUGCUGAAUGGACGUGAGCAGCAGAAGAUUGCUCAUUCUAUUCAGUGGUUACAACAUGUCCAGGCUCUAGUGCAGGCCCACACCAUCUCUAAAGUAGCUGUCGUCUUACUGGGCAGUGAGCAGUGCAUGAAUGACUGGAUCAGCCCUUAUCUUAACAGACAUGGUGGGUUUGUGGAUCAGCUCUUUCUCGUCUAUGAUGGCCCCUGGGUCAAUGACAAAGACGUCUUCCAGUGGCCUCUUGGCGUAGCCACGUAUAGGAACUUUCCUGUUGUAACACCUAACACACAGAUGGUAAGCUCUGUGCGGCCCUAUAUCUGCAACUUUCUUGGUACGGUCUACAAGAACUCCUCUCGGGAAAUUCUUCUCAGCAUCCUGAAACAAAAUGGCUUGGAAGAACAAUGUUUCAUGAGUGCUCGGGAAAAGUGGCUUCCUCAGGAGACAGCAGAAACCUCCAGACAGUACCAGAUGGCUCUGGCUCAGAGCGACUUGACGCUGUGUCCGGUUGGAGUGAACACUGAGUGCUACCGCAUCUACGAGGCCUGUGCCUAUGGCUCUGUGCCCGUGGUGGAGGAUGUCCUGACUCCAGGAGCUUGUGCCAACGGUCGGAGCUCCCCUCUCCGGCUGCUCAAAGACGCAGGAGCGCCUUUCAUCUUCCUCAAGGAUUGGAAGGAGCUCCCAGCCAUCCUGGAGAAGGAGAAAACGAUGUCACAGGCUGAGAAGAUGGAGAGGAGGAUGAGGCUGCUGGAGUGGUACACAGGAUUUCGUCAACAGAUGAAGGAGAAGUUUACUGAAGUACUGGAAGAGACCUUCUUCAAACUCAGCUAAUAAAUAUUGACUAGAAAUGGUGAAGAAAAGGAGAGCCGAUCAGGACUGUACUGAAUAUUUACUGUUUAUUUAAGUCACAUGAUGUCACAAGUCACUACUGAUGCACAGUAUUUUAUUUAUUUAUUUUAUUAUUGAUGUUAAAAUGCUCUGAAUAUAGUCCUGAGUAAAGACCAGGUCCCCGGUCGUCAAUAUAUCAAUUAUCCAAAAAGUGACUUGGCUGCUCUAAAUAGCAUCUGUGAGUGAGUGAAUGAAUGAAUGAAUACAAGAGUAAAUGAAUGAGUGUGUCUGUGUUGAUCCAUGAUGAAUUGACGCAGGGUGUAUUUCUGCCCUACAGUAGGUAGGUGGCGCCAAAUCCAAUUAAAACAAUUAGUAAAAACUCAAUAUAAGUGGACUGUUCUAGUCAGACUGUGGACGCUCUGCACUUUCACAUCUCAAAUAAUGUUUCUUUUAGAGAAAGAUAAGAUGGAUUAACAUAUGUCCCAUAAGUAGGAUUACUGCAGGAACAGACUUAAUUGCAUUUUUGAGAUUUAGAACUGAUUAUGACUGGCUGGACACUGAUCAUACACGUAAAUACAGAACUGCUUUUUAAAGAUGCAUUUUCAUUCCUGUUAGCAUGUCUAUUUCAAAAUCAGAUAUGAAAAGUGAGGGAUUAUACAAAUGUGUGUUUAUUUAUUUAUGAUUAUUAUUACUGGUGAUUAAUCUGUUUUUUUCUCCCAUUAAACAGUGCUCUGUAGGUAAACAUACUGUACAGGAUGAAGGUGCAGAAAUGGAGUAAAAGAUUUUAAAAGUG